GUACAUCACCAUCAUGACAUAUUUGAAUGACGUCGAGGAAGGGGGUGAGACAGCAUUUCCAUAUGCUGAUAAUGCAACAUACAGCGCUGAGGUUGCCGCUGAAAAUGAGCCAACCACGACAGAUCUGAAGAACCAUUGUCAUGAUGCCAAUAUGGUAAUACACCCUGCCAAGGGCAAGACUGUCAUGUGGUAUAAUCACCUAGUCGACCCGGAAACAGGUUGGCUAGGGGCACAGGAUAAAUAUUCUCUACAUGGUGGAUGUAAAGUAAAGCGUGGAGUCAAGUGGAUAGCAAACAACUGGAUAGCUGUAGAUGACAUAUACAGUCAACAAAUGGAGUUUCAUAAGAAAUAUUUUGCGAAGCACGCAGUACCAGGAUCCAAGCCAGCAUUGACAGUACAAAGCGAUAGGAGGAAACAGACGCAUCCACUGUGGAUUCUUCGACAGGCACAAAAUCAUCCAGUGAAGACAUCGAUAUUGGUUCUUCAGAGACGUCAAACGCAGCUUCAGAAAAAGCCAAGGCACAACGGGAGGGCGCUGUUCAAGAUGGAGAGACGCCAGACGGUCUUGUGGAUGGGUCACGUGAUACAGCUACAGGACCUGGCGGGUUAA